UGAGACAGUUGAUAUUGUGUUUCAUAUUGUGUAAUUCCAGCUCGGGUCAUGAGUUUAAAGUCCUUCAGUAGCUCGGACUUGUCUGCCAGCGCACUAGGCGAGUUUAGUCACUUCCAGAGAUACAACGAUGCACUGGGCUGAAAUGAAGAAAGAUGAGCUUGAGAGGCAGUAUUCGCCCAGCCGAUGGUCGCGCAGGAUGUCGGCAGACGACGUGAUCAAGGCUCAUGUGAAGGCUGUAAAGGAAGGUACAGAGCGUGCCCGUGGUCUGGCUCAGACUUUGCUGAACGUGCCAUAUGGGGAGGGAGACGGAGAGAAAUUGGACGUUUACAUACCCAGCACCAACUCUCUGGAUGUCCCCCUUGUUAUUUACAUACAUGGAGGCUACUGGCAGUUUCUCAGCAAGGAGGAGUCAGGAUUCAUGGCUGUUCCACUCGUCGAUAAAGGUGUAGUGGUGGUUGCCGUAGGCUAUGACAUCGCCCCCAAAGGUAACAUGGACCUGAUGGUGUCUCAAGUACGCAGGAGUGUUGUGUCCGUUGUUCAGCAGUAUUCUCACAUCAGCGGUCUGUACCUGUGCGGCCACUCUGCUGGGGCUCACCUUGCCGCAAUGGUCCUCUCCACUGACUGGUCGCAGUACAGCAUCACUCCUCAGAUCAAAGGUGCUUUCCUUGUCAGUGGCAUAUAUGACCUCCUGCCCAUCCUGUCCACCUACGUCAACGAGCCUUUGAAGAUGACAGAGGAGGUGGCGGUGAGGAACAGCCCCAGCAAAUUGGUCCCUCAGCUCAAACUCUCCUUCUCUAGCUGCCACAUCGUUGUGGCCGUCGCUGAGAACGACUCACCGGAGUUUCGCAAGCAGUCGGAAGAAUAUUACAAAACUUUGGAGGCCUCAGGACUUGAUGUGACCAUGGAAGAUGUGCCCAACACAGACCACUUCAGUAUCAUUGAGCAACUGGUUGAUGGGGAAUACCACCUAACAAAGCUUCUCUUAAAGAUGAUGGGGAAGAGCUAAGGCGGAUCCAUCAUCUACUAUCUACAUACCUCUGUAUCAACAUACACCUCUGAACAGAGUCAUCGUGCACCGAUACUAAUAAAAUAUGCAUUAUUUCAGGUUUGUACAAUGUAAUUUGAGUGAUCAACAAUAAGAUGGCAUGGAUUGUUUUUGACUGUCUUGUUUACUGUUUCAUUAGUUAUAUCUCUUUGUCCGCUAUAGAUACUGCUAGAUAGAAAAUACCCUAAACAAACUUUAUAUGUUCCAACCAUGUUAACAUGUUGUGAAAACAUUAUGUGCCUAAAACUGAGUCACUUCAAGGAAGAUGAUUGUUGCAAAUUAUACUACAGGUCACCCCGCUCAUAAUCAGUCACAAGCAGAAUAUUUAAUGACUAUAAUGCACAGUGUUAUUGUAAGGAAAUACUUUUACACUGCAUACUAAAUGUUGUAGAGAGGAGGGUUAGUUUUGGGUUAUUUCCAGUGUUUUGUAAAAGGGUGGGUCUGUCUGUUUUUGUUUUUUUCUUUCCUGUGACAGUCUGCAGCAUUAAAAUACAUGGGUAAGGCAAAAAUAUUGUCAACGGACAUAUCAUACAAAGUGAAUGUAGCUUUUUAUUGUAACCUAUACAAUUCUGAUAUCUCACCUGGGGAACUUUAAUGAAAACUAUAUAUUUGCACUCUUGGUUUCAUCCUAGUACAUUAGAAGAACACUGUUAACUGAUACACACUGUUACGUACUGCCCUCAUUCUAGCAUCUUAAAUAAUUGUUUACAUUAUUGUUUACACAAAGUGUUCUAUUAAUCAUGACUGUAGAUUAUAAAGAGAAUAAUCACAAUAAAUAUUUAUAUUUGAGAAA